AUGCUUGAUGAGAGCGAGGACGAAAUCUUGAAGAAAGUUUCAUCUAUUUUCAGCCAAAAUAAAAGCAUCUUCAACUUCGGUUCUUGUGCUGAACGUAAGACAUUCUUCGAACAAACUGUUCCGAGUCGAUUUGGAAUUACUCAACACCGUUCUAGUGCAAAUCCGAACCUAGGUCCUGGAACCUACACAAAUGAUUAUAAAAGCAUCGAUUUCGACUUACGGUCAAGUUGCAAUAAGAAGACGGGCUGGUCAACAACGAAACGAGAUUUUUACAAAUUGAAUAAUACUCCUGGUCCAGCCAGCUACCAAAUCGACAGUAGUUCAAAUGGAAUUGUCAAGCAAAACCGUUAUCCAUUUAAUAUAAAAUGUCCCCGAACUCUCCCUUAUAAUAUUCAAGGCAAAGAUUCACCGAGUGAAACUACCACACCGCGUACUGACGCUCAAAUUGGUAUUUAUGAAGAGCCGAAUAACGGUACCCCACUCGAUUUAAUAUACCCUGAGGAAAAUCCGAAUAUAUAUCCAACAACUAAAGAGGCGAAUAUAGGUUCCUUUAAGAAUUCAUAUGAAGAAUAUCAAAACUAUAAAGAUAAUGCUAAAAGAAUGAAACCCGUCAGCUUAACCUGGACUAAAGAGGGCUUCGCCAUUUUCGGUUGCCGUGAUGGUGAAGUUUUUAUGAUUGAUCUGGAAUCUAUGGUACUUGGAAUAAUAUCCAACCCAUUUUCCAAUAAUAUACAUAAAGAAGAUGAAGUAAUACGUGUGAUGACAGUGGGUAAUGUAGAUACUGUACUCUACACAAAUGGUGGGCUUUUGUGCGGCGGUGGUGAUGGUCACUUAAGACUACUAGACUGGACUCAGACUGAAUCUGAGACAUCUAAAUCACUUGAAAUAGAUGCAGCGGUAUCAAGGAUUACUCAAAAUAUUCCCCCAAUAUUUGUGCGCAAGAUCAAUUCAAUCGCUCAAUCAAAAAUGGUUUUACUGAAUGAAGAAUUACUUCACAACUUGAAAUCGGAUCUCAGAGGCAUUGCAUUUAUGUCACCUACUCCAGACUACAAUAACUUGGCGAUUCUUCGUAACUCGGGACUUGUGCAAAUUCUACGGAGGCAAAAUACCGCGCUCAAGCUUCUGAAAACUAUAAACUCAAAUAUUUCAGCUUUUGUUGGCAUAUGCAGUAUUGAUAUUGAGGAGAUAUCUUACUUUGUGACAUGUAAUUCAGGUGGACAAGUUUCCCUUUGGCUUACUGAAUCGGGAAAGCAGAUUUGCUCGAUGGAGUUUAGCAGUGCAGGAACAUGCAUUAAAGCGAUUCCAGGUUUACCGUUAACAGCUAUUGGAUUUGAAGAUGGAAGUCUAAGCAUGAUUUUCUGGGAAGAUCGCCAGAAACCUUACAUUAUCCAGACGAUUCAAAUAUUUCAAUCUGCUAUUAAAGAAAUUUAUAUGGAUAGAAAGGGAGAUCUAAUGCUGAUAAAAGGCUCGGAGACGAAGCUCUACAUAGUUCCCUGCGAGCCGAGCAGGAAAUUCCAACCAGUGGGCUACAUAGCCCAUGAAAAGGAAAUCGACUCCGUGACAUUCGCGGGAUCUGCAAAUGGCAAUAUUCACUGUCUCAUUUUGGACAAACAACAGAAACCCGACAAUUUUACCAUGGCAACUUAUUUUAUUCUGACAGAUCGGAUAUUAAACGAUGCUACGAGUUACCUGCUUCCGAACACCUAUCAACUUCGUGACGAUUCUAUAUCCCAAUUUUCAUUGAAGAUUCUCUUAGAGAUUUCUGAUGCUUAUCUGUCUGUAAUUGAAUCGAAGAGUACUGAUUCUGACUCAAACGAUCCUAUUAGUGAGAACAAAGAGUUUGAUCCAGAAUCUCAGUUCAUUCUCUACGCAUUGACAAAGGACUCCAGUUUCAACUACAAUCUUGUCACAAUUAACCUCACUAAAGAAAUCAUUGGGCAGACUUCGACAAACCGCAUACGCUCAAAAUCCGGACUGCUCAAUAGAUGGAGUUCUCUGAGUAGUCAAAAUUCUGGUCGUCGUCUGCCGGCUGUUUCGACGGUAACUAACGCUCGCUUUCGAUCAACUCGACAUAGUGUUAACUUCCUUCGACUUACUCAAAAACGAAAAGAGGAGAAGGAAAGGGUGAAACGUGCAAUCCCAGAGUUGGCUGACUAUCAGACAACGAGUGUCUCGUUUGUAUCUUCUUCUAUGAGUCUACUUUCAACCCACAUUCCUGGCUAUGUUAUCGUAACUUCACAAUCUGGAAUAGCAUAUAUUCUUAAUCUGAACGAUUCGGCAAAAAUGUUAACCAAACAUUUUCCGCUUACGGAAUACACUGAUCUCCCAAUUCAAGUUGCAGUGACAAUGGAUUUCAGCACCAUUGCAGCCAUAAAGUCUGAUGGUUCAAUUUGUGCGAUAAAUUUGGCAGAUAAGAUGCCGCAAAUGGAAGAUUUCGAGUUUUCCGUUAUCAAGAAUGAGUUUGCAACCAAACUCCAUCAGUUUAAGAAAACUAAUGCCUUUUUGAUCACAAACAGUCAAAGCGAAACUUCGAUAAUUGACGAUGACCUUAAGAUUAUCAAAGUGAUCAGGAAGUCCAAUGCAGUAACUUGGCUUGAAAAACAGUUUCAAAAUCAACAAGCGAUUGACGAAGAACUGUUUGCUGAUACCAAGAGUCAUGUCUUGAAAGAGUUUAAGCAGAUUAAGAAAGAGCUAGAAACUAUGGCAGAGAAGAACAACCUGCUAACAGAUCUUGAAAAGAUUGCAUUAACAGAAUUCGAAUUGGACUCCGAAGAAAGAAACGCGAAAAGAGAAGAGAUUGAACAAAAUAACCUGAUCAAGGACUUUACUCAUAAUGCACUCAAAUCUUGCUGUUGGGAAACACAAGAGGUCAAAGGUCGAAGCAUUCUGGCCUAUAAUAGCCCCAUAGAGGUCUCUAAUUAUCCUAUUCAUUCCAGGACAGAGGAAGAAGUUAGAAUUUUAGAUCAAGCAAAACUUCGAAGGAAAAUUGAAAUGAAAGUUGGUGUUUUGUAUAGGCGAGAAUGUGAUAAGACUUUAAAAACGGAAGGUGAAAAGGAUGGCUCUGAAGAUAUCUCCAAGGAAGACACUAAUUCUGAAAAUACAGAUCCCCACAUAGGUUCUGUUGCUGCCAAAUUUGGGGUAUCCACAGAUUUGCUCUACAACCAAAUGGAACUAUAUACGAAUGAUCAGAAAAUUACUCAAGCGAUUCUCAUCCAGGAAGAGAUUCGCCAAUUGAAGCUCAAGUUUAAUAAGGAAUUUGACGAGUGUUUGAAACGGAAACGUCAACAUAUUGAGGAAAUAAUGAAACGAGUUGCGAAUAUCAAUCAAAUAAUUCCGAAGUUAGAUCCCACGGCGCCUCUGCUUUCGUUAGACCAAUACAAAUUACGGCCUACUGAAAGUCCCGAAAAUCUUUUGGAAUGCACUGAUGAAGAGGUCGAUGUUGAGAGAUACCGUUCACCGGAAGAAAUUGCCGCAAUGGAGGAGGCAAGACGUGCAGAGGAGGAGAGAUUAAGGCGGGAACAGUUGGACAACUGGCGAGAACGUGGUUUGGAUGAUAUGAUGGGCGGUGUUCUGGAGGUGACAAAGGAAGAUGAAUUACGAAAGGACAUCCCAGUGCCAUCUUUUGUCGAAGCCGGCAAAAAGGAAAGUGAUAUGACGUUAGAAGAGCUUACAAUCUACCGAAAUUAUCUCCAGGCUUGCAAAAAAUUAGAAGAAGAACGCGCGAGAUAUCGUAAAUCUCUAGAAACAGAAAUAAAGAAGAAUGAGACAGCCAUUGAAGAGAUAAAGUCCACUGUUGAUGAAGAGGUUAUAAAUCUAUUCAAGUCCUAUAUAAAAUACGAGGUGGCACUGAAAAUGGAAGAAAUCCAAGUGUGGAAGUUAAAAGCGUCUGUUCUACAGGCCAGAGAGUUACAGGACGAAGAAAAGUAUUAUGGACAGAGGAAGGAUGACCUUAAACAGAGGAUCGAAAAGUUGCACAAUAUCAUCCAAACGACCAAGAACUUGAUUGAAGGACUUCAAGAAAAUAUGGAGUUGAUAAAUGUGGAAGAUCACAUGUUGGAAAAAAAUUUCCGUAAAGACUUCCACGACGUUCAUGGACAGCUUUAUGACAUUCUCCUCAAGGCUUUCAGAAGACGUCCUAAGAAUUUGGAUAUCCAAUUGGGUGAUGAGGUAAAUGAAAUGGGUAAAACCAUCAGCUCUCCGGAGUCUGCGUACCCCUACAAGCAAGCAGUGAUCCAAAACCGAUCAUUAGAAGCCGAAUGGGCGGCCAUGCAAAGGGCAUUGAAUGAAUUUGAUGAGGCCAACAAGUUGCCCGAAUAUAACAUUAGUCCUGCAAUUUGGAACCGACUUUACAAAGCUCGUAUGAAGAAGGCCUCGAAAGAAAUGGAACUGAAAAUGACAGAUUAUAAGCUCGAAAUCGCCAAGGAUUUCCUUCAGCGCAUAGAACAGGAGAUAGAAGAUGCUGUAGCAGAAUUAAAUGAAAUUGAAAAGGCUCUAAGUGAACUGAAACUCAAGACCUACAAAGCAAUGACCAACGUUGUCAUUAGCAUUAUCAUGCCACAAGGUCAAGAUGAGGUUUGUGUUGAACCCGGAGCUCUUGUUGAAGAUUUCAAUAGCUGUCUAUUUAUCAAUCGGAAGCAAAUUGAGGAUCUUAAUGUUCGAGUAGUUCAAUUGAGCAAUGAGAAGAUUGACCAUAUGGAGCUCAUCAAAGCCUACAAAAGACGGUUCAAGAUGUUAGAAUGGGACCUGCGGGAGAUGCUGAUGCGUUAUGAAGACCUUUUAGAAAAACAGAAGGAGAUAACUAACUUUACCAUCUCUCGAGAAAUUCAACGCUAUCUCCGUAGUUCAAAUUACGACAGCAUGAUUGCAGAGGAGAUGAAGGAUUCGGAGCGUACCUAUGCCCAACUGAAAGUUAAUCACAAUAAGAAUAUGGCCAAGAUAGAAGAAAAGAUAAGAUAUUAUAGCGAGAAACAGGCAAAGAAAAUAAAGAAGGAAAAUGAGAAGUUGGUCCUUGAUUUGGAGCAAAUGAAUGUGGAUGUGAAUCGAGUUAGGAGCAUAUAUGAGCAGACGCCUCAUGCUACUGGCGACGUUCUGAGAGCGGAAAUCUGUUAUAAGUCGCUUCUUCGGAAGGUAAAUUUAGAGACGCUUACUCAACUUCAAAAAUCUGAACUGGAGACCCUCUGUGAAGAAUUGGAACAGUUGCGCGGGAGUGUCUCUCCCUCAAUUCAAGACCAGUUUUAG